GUGGGGGCAGCUGAGGAGGCGGUCGUUGUGUCAGCCUCCUCUUCCAUGGACUCGAGCCGGCAGAACCAGCCCAGCAGCAGCAGCAGCAGCGAAAGGAGGGCGGCGAGACGGCGGUGGCGGCGCCAAGGGGAGCGGUGACGCCGGCGACGCCUUGCUGGCCCUCAGCCCCCGAAAGCCCGACUCGGCGGGGUUCCUUCCCUGGGCCAUGGGCUCCCCGUUCCGGAGCGAGACAAUGUGCCUGGCGCAGCUCUUCCUCCAGGCGGGCUCGGCCUACGAGUGCCUCAGCGCCUUGGGCGAACGCGGCCUGGCCCACUUCCGAGACCUCAAUCCAAGCAUCAGUGUAUUCCAGAGGAAAUACGUGAGUGAAGUGAAGAAGUGUGAGGAAAUGGAAAGGAUCUUAGGAUACCUGGUGCAGGAAAUUAAGAGAGCGGACAUUCCUCUUCCAGAAGGAACUGUUACCCCGGCUGCCCCUCCACUGAAGCAGAUGUUGGAAAUCCAGGAGCAGCUGCAGAAGCUGGAGGUGGAAUUGAGAGAAGUAACAAAAAACAAGGAAAAGCUGAGGAAAAACCUCCUUGAAUUGACAGAGUAUACCCACAUGCUGCGAGUUACCCAGUCCUUUGUCAGAAGAACUGUUGAGAUUGAGUCCUGUUUACAGACUAAUUAUGAAGAAUUCCCAACCCUAGAAAGUGAACCCUUAGCGGACUACAGCUGUAUGCACAGACUUGGUGCCAAAUUGGGAUUUAUAUCUGGCUUAGUUCAUCGAGCAAAAAUUGAAGCCUUUGAAAAAAUGCUCUGGCGAGUCUGCAAAGGAUAUACUAUUGUUUCUUAUUCAGAACUGGAGGAAUGUUUACAGGAUCCAGAUACGGGAGAACCUACCAAGUGGUUUGUUUUCUUAAUAUCCUAUUGGGGUGAACAGAUAGGCCAAAAAGUUAAGAAGAUAUGUGACUGCUACCAUUGCCAUGUUUACCCUUAUCCCAGCAAUUCUGAAGAGCGCCAAACUGUUAUGGAGGGACUGCAGAUUCGCAUUCAAGAUCUUCACAUUGUGCUGCAUAAAACUGAAGAUUAUUUACGGCAAGUUCUAGCCAAAGCCUCUGAAUCAAUCUACACCUGGGAUGUCCAAGUGAAGAAGAUGAAAGCGAUUUAUCAUGUGCUGAACCUCUGCAGCUUUGAUGUCACCAACAAAUGCUUAAUUGCUGAGGUCUGGUGCCCAGUGUCUGACCUACCAAACAUGCGCCGAGCCCUUGAUGAAGGAUCUAGAGAAAGUGGAGCAUCUGUCCCAUCAUUCAUGAACACAAUACCAACAAAAGAAACACCUCCAACAUUGAUACGCACCAAUAAAUUCACCUCUGGAUUCCAGAACAUUGUUGAUGCUUAUGGGAUUGGGAGCUACAGGGAGAUAAAUCCAGCUUUGUUCACCAUUGUCACCUUCCCGUUCUUAUUUGCUGUCAUGUUUGGAGAUUGUGGGCAUGGCUUGUUAAUGUUCCUGUUCGCGUUGUUCAUGGUAUUGUUCGAAAAUCACCCCAAACUUCAGCGAUCACAAGAUGAGAUCAUGAAAAUGUUUUUCCAAGGCCGAUACAUCAUUUUGCUGAUGGGAUUGUUUUCUGUGUACACUGGUCUGAUUUACAAUGAUUGUUUUUCAAAGUCUUUUACCAUAUUUGGCUCCAGUUGGAAUGUCUCACAAAUGAAGUGGCAAAAUGAGGAUAUGCUCAAUAAUCAGUAUUUGACACUGAAUCCAAAUGUAACGGGAGUGUUCAGAGGAGCUUAUCCUUUUGGCAUAGAUCCGAUUUGGAAUCUAGCAAACAAUCGUCUCAGUUUUCUAAAUUCUUUCAAAAUGAAAAUGUCUAUAAUUAUCGGAGUAGUUCACAUGGCGUUUGGAGUGGUCUUAGGGGGAUUUAACCACUUGCAUUUCAGGAAGAUGUACAAUAUUUAUUUAGUUUUCAUUCCUCAACUCCUGUUUCUUCUAUCUAUCUUUGGAUACCUUGUAUUUAUGAUUGUCUACAAAUGGCUGGCUUUCAGUGUGGAAAACUCCAGGUCGGCUCCAAGCAUUCUGAUCCAGUUCAUUAAUAUGUUCCUGUUUUUUGGUAGCAGAGCGGACGUCCUUUUCCCAGGACAGAUGUUUGUCCAGAAAAUUCUAAUCGCUGUUGCUGUGGUAUCAGUUCCUGUGCUGCUUUUUGGAAAACCACUUUAUUUAUAUUGGUUGAAUAGUGGUGGCCAAGGGAUCGGGACUUACAGAAAAGGUUACCGGUUAGUACGAAGAGAAAGCGAAGAAGAGAUUGCCUUGUUGAUAACUCAUGAUAUUGAAGAGGGAAGUAGCUCUUUGGAUACCAGGCACAAAGAUGAGGAAAAAGAAGAGUUUAAUUUUGCAGAUGUCUUCAUGGAUCAGGUUAUCCAUACCAUCGAAUACUGUCUGGGAUGCAUCUCGAACACUGCUUCAUACCUGAGGCUGUGGGCACUAAGUCUGGCCCAUGCACAGUUAUCCGAAGUGCUUUGGGCAAUGAUCAUGAGAGUGGGUCUUCGUGUGGAUGCAACAUAUGGAAUCCUGCUGCUGGUACCAGUUUCAGCCUUAUUUAUGGUUCUAACAGUAUUCAUUCUUUUACUCAUGGAAGGCCUUUCAGCUUUUCUGCAUGCUAUACGACUUCACUGGGUAGAAUUUCAGAAUAAAUUCUACGCAGGUGAAGGAUACAAGUUCACACCUUUCUCCUUUCAAGACAUUUCUUUACAUUUCAACGGAUACGUUACAUAGUUUGGUUGCUGGAGACAGUACCUUUCUGGAGUCAUAUGGAAACAAAUCAUGUCCCUAGAUGUCAUUCUUGUACAGUCCAUUGCAGAAAAGAGCAUCACUGAUCGCCUUACGAUACAGCCAAAUAAUUUUGUAACCUAUAGCUUCUCACCUGGACCUUGCAAAUGUGAGGCGUCUUACGAACAGGCAGAAAUUGUUUCACUGUCUUGAGCAUGCAUAAGUGAACUUUUAAGACUGAUUCCAAGCAUCCGAUUGCUGCUUCUAAACGUGCCCUAGCAAAUUUGUUAUUUCCUUUCACAAAAUCCCUGCAACGCAUUCGCUAUGCGUGUUUACCUGGAAGUAAAGCCUAUGGAACUUAGUGGGACAGUUCUGAGUAAAUAUGUAAAGGAUAGCACUGUUCAUCUCAUUUGUCAUUGUCAGUAAUAUUUCUAUGCUGUUGUUGGAAGUUAAGAGAGAAGGACAUUCUGGCAGGAACUGAGAACGGACUGAUUUUUCUUUCAGUGCUUAUAGGAAACUGUCUGACUUGAUGUUAUAUGGACCUCGCAGAGGCUAAGCCUUUCAAAAACGUUUCUCCUCUGGUUUAGAAUAAGUGCUAUACUAAUUCUGGCGGCUGCGCAUCGUGAAUUUUGAUCAGAAGAGGAAGGAAAGGAAAACCACUGGAUUUUGGGUUCACUGAAGAACUUGGAAGCACUUGUUCCAAAUUAUUUCUGGGAGAUGCCUCUAAGCAUGGGAUUAAGUCCAGGAUUUUAUCCUCAACAUUUUUACUCAUUCCCUUCCAGGAGCACUACUUGAAGUUAUUUUUUUGCAAGGUCUUAAGUAUUCUAGCUGAGCUCCUCAUGGUAGUAGUCAAACAUUUGCAUAACUGAAAGCAACGUGUGUGCUUAGGUAGCUGCUUUUCUGCCUUGGAGUUUGGAGAUCUACUACUCAUUGUGAGGAGUGUCAUAGACUAACCGAAUUAGCACCGAUUUUUCUUAGGUGCCAGUUACACUCCUUUUCUAUGAAGCAUUCCAGUGCUAAGAGUUCCAUCUUACAAAAUCAGGUUCUAGCUUUCUAUUGGCUUUAAUGCAGCAGGCAGUUCAAUACUGGAUGACAUUUAUGUAUGCUCUGUGAAGAUAAGUACCUUUUAAAAGGGUUUUUUUUUAAAAAAAAAAUCAAAACAAAAUGGGGAUAUUUUAAUGUAAGGAAUUUUGUAAGUGGCACAGUCCUCUCCCCCCCCCCCCCUUUCCUAUUCGUUUAAAUAAAAACUGAU